GAGAGCAGGCAGACUCGGUGCAGCAUCCCGCCUCACAACAUGGAUUUGCUGUUCAGAACCAACUGCGGAAUGAUUACAGGACUUUCGCUGCUGCUCUGGUUCGUCCGCGCGUCGUCCAGCAAAGAGGGCUGCGACAGUCCAUUGGUGUCUAACCUCCCCCAGUCUGCCUUCAAAAGCUCAUCCCAGCUGUCCAACAGCCACGGCCCUGGCUAUGCAAAACUCAACAGAAGAGAUGGGGCUGGUGGCUGGUCUCCACUGGAUUUAAAUAAGUAUCAGUGGCUGGAGAUCAAUCUGGAGGAGCGGACAGAGAUCACGGCCGUGGCCACCCAGGGCAGGUACGGCAGCUCCGACUGGGUGACCAGCUACCUCCUCAUGUUCAGCGACACGGGCCACAACUGGAGGCAGUAUCGGCAGGAGGACAGCAUUGGGGCUUUCUCUGGGAACACCAACGCUGACAGUGUGUUGACGUACAAGCUGCAGCAGCCAGUGUUUGCUCAGUUCCUACGUGUGUUGCCUUUGGAUUGGAACCCCAACGGAAGAGUCGGGUUAAGACUGGAGGCCUACGGCUGCCAAUACAAAUCCGAUGUGGCCAGUUUUGAUGGAGCCGGCUACUUGCUCUUCAGGUCCGAUCCGGCCCCCAGCCUGUCAGCCAAAGAUCUGCUUACCAUGAACUUCAAAAGCCUCCACCACUCUGGAAUACUGGUUCAUAUGGAAGGUCAACAUGGGCACACACUCACUUUGGAGUUACUCAAAGGGAAACUCUUCCUACAUCUUAGAAAAGGAAGGGGCACAUCAGGCGAUUUUCACACCAUGGUGUCACUGGGCAGUCUGCUGGAUGACCAACACUGGCACCACAUUAGCAUCGAGCGGCUUCGCGGACACGUCAACUUCACGGUGGACAAAAAUACACAGCGGCUCCAGCUCCCCGAGCACCAGAGUCACUUUGAGAUUAACGAGAUCAGUUUUGGCGGCGUGUCGGCUGUUGGGGCUCAGAGAGACCAUUCCAGAAGGAACUUCCACGGCUGUCUGGAGAACGUGCUGUACAACGGCAUUAACGUGAUUGAGCAGGCCAAGGAGAAGCAAGUCUCUGUAAUGGGGAACAUCACGUUCGUGUGCUCCGAGGCCGUUGAUGUGCCGGUGACUUUUGCCAGCCCGGAGAGCUUCCUGCAGCUGCCUUGGGCCGUGUCACGGGACAGUGCGUCUGUCAGCCUGCAGUUCCGGACGUGGAACAAGGCGGGCCUGUUGAUGACCUUUGAUCUCCAGCAUCAGGCGGGUGCGCUGUGGCUUUACCUGAGUGAGGCCAAGGCACGGCUGCAGAUCCAGAAGGCUGGGAGGGUUAUGGUGGACAUCACAGCAGGCUCGGGGCUGAAUGAUGGACAGUGGCACUCUGUGGAACUGAGCGUCCGACGAGGUCGCCUGGUCCUGGCUGUGGACAAAGCAGACGCCUCCACAACCACCACAUCCUUUCCUGUGAUGCCGACACACCAUAUCUUUUUAGGAGGAUGUCCAAACACAGAAGACAGCAGCGGAUGCAGGAACCCCUUCAGCGUUUUCCAAGGAUGCAUGCGGCUCAUCCAUUUGGACAACAGCUUAGUGGAUCUGAUCAAGGUGCAACAGAUGCUGGUGGGAAACUUCAGCGACCUCCAAAUGGACAUGUGCGGAAUCGUGGACAGGUGCUCUCCAAGCCACUGUGAACAUGGAGGAAAAUGCACACAGUCAUGGAGCACGUUCCACUGCAACUGCUCCAACACCGGCUACAGCGGAGCGACGUGCCACAGCUCCAUCUACGAGCCGUCAUGUGAAGCGUACAAGCACAGAGGGAACACUUCGGGGUACUACCACGUAGACGUGGAUGGAAGCGGACCCAUCAAGCCCCAGCUAAUCUACUGCAACAUGUCAGAUAAAGCGUGGAUGGUGAUCCAACACAAUAACACAGAGCUCACCAAAUUAAGAGCAUCCUUGGGGACGAAUCAGCAUUUAGCCUACUUUAACUAUUCCGCCGACACCAAGCAGCUCGGGGCUGUAAUUAGCCAGGCUGAGCACUGCGAGCAGGAACUCUCCUACCACUGCAAAAAGUCACGCCUCUUAAACACACCAGAGGGAGCUCCGUUCACCUGGUGGGUGGGCCGGUCAGGGGAAGCCCACACUUACUGGGGAGGGGCCAGGCCGGGCAGCCAGCAGUGUGCCUGCGGCCUGCAGGAGGACUGCGUGGACCCAGAGCAUUUCUGCAACUGCGAUGGAGACCUUGACAGCUGGGCCAAUGACUCAGGCGUCAUCUCUCAUAAGGAGCAUUUGCCCAUCAGACUUUUAGCUGUGGGUGACAUCAACAGGCCAGGCUCAGAAGCGGCAUAUAGAGUGGGUCCCCUACAGUGCUAUGGUGACAAUGACUUCUGGAAUGCGGCCUACUUCAAUAAAGAAACCUCCUACCUCCACUUCCCCACAUUCCACGGUGAGCUGAGCGCUGACAUCUCCUUUCUGUUCAAGACCAGCUCGUCCUCCGGCGUCUUCCUGGAAAACCUGGGAAUCAAAGAUUUCAUUCGGAUCGAACUGAGCUCACCAACUGAAGUGGUCUUUUCAUUUGAUGUGGGAAACGGGCCCUUUGAAGUGCGUGUGGAGACGCCAGAGCCUCUGAAUGACGAGCGCUGGCACCGCGUGAUGGCCGAGCGUAAUGUGAAAGAAGCCUCGCUCCACGUAGACCACUUUCCUGGAGUGGUCCAGAAGGCCCCUGCUGAUGGUCACAUUCACCUGCAGCUCAACAGCCAGCUGUUUGUAGGAGGAACCGCCUCGAGGCAGAAGGGCUUCCAGGGGUGCAUCCGCUCACUAAAGCUGAACGGGAAGACUCUGGAUCUGGAGGAGAGGGCGAAGAUCACCCCCGGGGUGCAGCCGGGCUGCCCGGGGCACUGCAGUAGUUACGGUGGACUGUGCCAGAACCAGGGCCGCUGCGUGGAGAAGUAUAACGGCUUUGCGUGCGACUGUGGCUCCUCGCCGUACUCUGGGACCUUCUGCCACAAAGAGGUCUCUGCGCACUUCAGACCAGGCACCUCGGUUGCCUACACAUUCAAGGAGCCGUACGAGCUGAACAGGAACGCCAGCGCACAGUCGUCCUCCAUCUACUCGGAUCUGACGCUGAAAGGGGAGAACAUCUCGCUCAGUUUCCGCACCAGCCAGGCACCAUCACUGCUUCUCUACGUCAGCUCCUACUACAGAGAGUACCUCGCCAUCCUCCUGAACAGAAAUGGGCAACUGGAUGUCAAGUACAAAUUGCAGAACAACAGAGACGCGGAGGUGUUCCGAUCGAGUGUGAGGAACCUGGCCAACGGGCAACUGCAUCGAGUGUCCGUCAGGAGAGUCUCGGAGAGCCUCAGCAUUCAGAUUGACCAGCACACAAGGGAAGACUUCAACCUAACAUCAGACGUUGAUUUCAACGCCAUCAAAGCUGUCAUUAUUGGGAAAGUGCAUGAAUUGGGCGAGAUGGAUCCAGAGAUAGCCCGGCUGAAUUCUCUGGGCUUCACAGGUUGCCUGUCAGUCGUCCAGUUUAACUCCAUAGCUCCUUUGAAGGCAGCGCUGCUAUAUCCAGACACCAGUCCUGUCAUUGUCACAGGUCCACUGAUGGAAUCCAACUGCGGUUCCUCAUCAUCAUCCAGCCCCUACGCAGCAGAGACCACCCACUCACUCUCCGAUCAUUUCGGUACCGUAGGUACAGGCGAGCCAGUAGUCAAUGCAAUCAGCAGUGACUCAGCUUUGAUUGGAGGCGUAAUCGCAGUCGUGAUAUUCGUGAUCCUGGCCGCUCUGGCUGUAAUGGCAAGAUUCCUCUACAGACGAAAAGAGACUUGUCAAACACAGGAGCCUAAAGGAACUAAACCAGAGGACAGUCCCGAAACACCCUUCAACACUGACCCCCAGUCGCAGAGCAUAAUCAAUGAUACCCAAAAAGAGUACUUCAUAUGAUGACGUCCCUUUCCAACACCUAUUCACCCAAACUUUGGACUAAUCCAGCAAAGCAGAGGACAGAAAUGCCUUGCCAAGCCUAGACAUUAACAUUCAUGGGGCGUUACGCAGAGGAAAAACCCUCGGAAACUGUCACCGGUUGCUGAUCAGGACGUGAAGAGGAAGAGCGAGCUGUCCCUCCUGGGUUUUUUUUGUACAUAGGCUUAAAAGUCCAAAAAAAAUUGGCUCAGAUAGUAUUGUUUCUAAGGUGUGUAUAAUGAUCAUCAUCAACUGUAAAUAUUCUUUUGAAAUGUACAUGUUGAAAUAAUAUCUUUGUAAUGGUUACCUUCUUAUUUUGCCUUUUAAAAGACGUUCUUCAGUAUUACAUUUAAUGAAAAGAUCCGUCGACUUACAUCUAGAACCUAAAGACUUAAAGAUGUCGUAUAACUUGGCUGAAAUAAAUGUCCGAAGUGGUAACUGGAAUGUAUGUGAAAUAAUGGCAUUUGUGUUGUUACAUGAGAUUUUUACACUAAUGAACACACAUGCAGAACGGUACAAUGGCGGUUCAAGUCUUUCCUGUUUUUUAAUGGACGAUGCUCUCCAACAUCAAAAACAAACCUUGUGCAGAUGUGCUCAUCUCCCGUGUUUGGCAGUUCCUGAGUUGGAAGGGGUUUGGCGGUGUUCACUCAGCAGGCUCUGCCCUUGUUUCUUUUGCCCACUCUUAAUCUCCAUUAGACGGAAGGGAGGUAUGUCUCAGCAAACAUUCUAAGUGCUCUUCAGUGCUUUCUCUGCAUUUCCUGGAUAAAAAUAAAUUGUGAUUGCUUCUUAAUGCCGUCAAAUACCAGCACAAACCACCUGCGAAGAGCACAGCUUUGAAAAGGCUUCCAGAAAAGCUCAGAACGCAAUAGAAAAAAAAAAACAUGAUGCUAAAACGUCUCGCUGAUUGUUACUUUCGCUCUGCACAGAUGGAUUUUUCUUUUUUUCUUAAUGUUCUUAUGUUAAUCCUAUGAAAAUACACUACUUAUCCAUCUGCCAGUUUGUGCAUAAUUCACAAGAUAAAAUAGUGCUAGCAUGCUAAUCUGAACGCUGACAGCGGCGUAAUGAAUAACAAGCCAUCAAGAUAGUAUUGAAAAUAUCAUCAAAUCCCAGCACAUGCUCAUUUUUCUACAUUGCUGUCAAUCCAAAAUGGCUUGGAUGCUCAAAUGCUAAAUGCAGACUUUAUAGACAAAAAAAAUCCACAAACGUAAAAAUGGUCAUGGCUUACUUUGUUUUUCAGGAGGAAUCAUAUUGCACUGUCACAGACCAACCCUCAUCUUGUGUCAGUUUAAAGCCGGGGUUACACUACACGACUUUUACCCCGAUUUAAGCCCCGACUCUCAGUCUGGCAAGUCUGUGCUAGUUGGCUCUAGUCUGCAGCUUUUUGGGUCAGUCGAAGUAGACAGUUGGAGAGAGAAUCGAGUAGGGUGUGAGGGCCACAGACAGAUUUUUGACCUCGCGUUUCAAGACCAAUCAGAGUUUAACAUUUGAUUUUUUUCUACCCAACUCUGAGAGUUAUCUAGUAGUGUAAACUGGUCAAUGACUCAAUCUGAAUGGACUCCUGCAAGAGCCAAUAAAAACAGAGUGCAAAAUAAGAAAAUACACCAAGUAAACAAAAAAAAAUGGUGAAAAGUCGCUCACAUGUGGAGCGAAGCUUUUUGAUGAGCUGAGUUUAGGGCACAAGCACAAUCGAGUUUAUGUACAUUUAAAACUAUACCACCCUAAUUACAUUUUUAAAUCAAUGACCCUCACUUAAAUACGUUUACCUGCUGCAAAAAAUCUUUUUAUAAUCUGUUCAGACUUUAAAAGUCGUGGAGUGUACCCAAGCCUUAAGCUGUACAACUAUUGAAACAUUUCAUUGACGGCUAGCUUGAUUUGUCAACUAUCUCCUGGACCUGGUUUCUGGACCAAUUUCUGGUUUCAUGUGUGAAUCUGCUCCACUCUUCUGCUUGAGUGAAGAAGAGAGCUGAAGUUAAGCACAAGAAAUAUACAGUCUGUGGCCUAAUUCAUUAUUAGCAUUACGGUGCCGUUCUGACUGUGAAAGAUUCUAACAUUUAGCAUAACACUACCCAACAUCCGAACACUCACUGUUAUCCAAAUGGCCUUGGUUGUUUGACUAUCCAUUUAUGUGGUUGCCAAUCAGAUAAUAUGGUUCUUUAUAUUCCAUUCUCCCAAAGCACAUGAAAUAUACAUGACUCCAUUAAGCUCCCUGAACGAGAGUCAUAAGUUUGCUGAACGUUGUCGUUUUCAUUGUGAAAGGCCAUCGAGGCGAACGAGAAGAAACCAACCGCAAAGUUAUUUUCGAGAUCCUUUCGAAGUCCUGUAUACUCUGUUUCACUCUGGAUAUUUCAGUGUAUGGUGAUGUAUGACUGUUUGUAAUGAUUGUAUUGUUACAGCUCAGUUGGUUGGUGAUAAGGUGGUAUUGAAUGUCUCUGAAUGGAAAAAUAACGACUCAAGCGAGCUACACGAAUGUCCGUGGAACCAAGAGCAGUUCUGCUCAUAUUAGUGUUUCUGAUUGUAUGAUUAGAAUAAAGCUUCUAUCCAAAAAUAGAAAUACUAUAAAAAAUACUUGGGUGUGUGUUUAUCAAAAGGGUAAAGGCAAAACUUGUCAUAAAGAAAACCAUAACACAUCACUGUUAUAAUGAAACUUUGUAAGGGAGGGUGAGGCAUAACCUAAACAUCUUCAGUUUCUUAGCAAAUACUUGAGCAAGAUAAAUCGUCGAGCAUUUGGUUUCAGCGUCGCUCCAAAAGUGUUUUGCAGUUGAGAUUAACUGCAACAAAUUGAGGGGCUAGUCUCUGAAAAGUCCGGCAAGUCAAUGCAAACACAGUUAAUCCAAUACAGUUCCAUGCUGUAUAAACUGAACAGACUUUCCAAUCUAAAUACAUAAAAGUACGUCUUAAAAUAAAUAUGAUUAGUGAACAGAAGGUGUGCCGAACAUAGCAAAUUUAAAUUGAUCAAAAAUCAGUGAUAAAAUUUUAUUCAGAUGACAUCUAUAGUAAACUGUUGAUAAGUCUAUGAAUAAAAAGUAAAAAAAAAAAUGAACCAUUUUGGAUUCAUAUUUGAGGAUAUGGACUUUCACUGUAUUCUUUGGGAGAUAACAGGAGGUAACAUGUUAAAACUAACCCUGUCAUCAUGUGGAGGCUGCAGCCUGAAUAGCUCUCACUGAAGAGUUGUUAAUAUGCUUUAAAGCAAAAUGUUACAGGCACCAGUAGAGUGAUUCAAAUAAUAUCUGUGUAAAUAACCAAGAGAAAUGAUACAAAAUUACUUAGAUACCAUUGUUACACUACAUUAAUGUGAAGAUUCUAAUGUUACCUUAACCUCUCCUAUAAAGUUACCAUUUCAGAGAUACAAGGUUUUGUUAUGACAGUGGUACUAUAUUACCUUACAUUACAAAGGCAGAGAGAAAAAAAAUGGUGCCAGCACUACUCAUCUUGUAAUCAUCAGGUGCCAAAUUUUCCCACUCUAAAUGUCUCUAUAGGCCAGUUUCCCAGACACAGAUUAGCCGCUGAAGUCCUACGCGUCGUUGGGGAAUCACAAUGUAAUCCAGAAAGGAAGGAGGCCUAAUCUGUUUGGGAAGUGAGCCCAUUUCAAUAACUGUGGUACUCCAUGUUGUGUCCAACAAUUACAAGCAAGAAGGAAACCCUAAGCAUUAGAUUCAGGUUUGAAUCCCAGUUGUGCCAUGCACAGUCUGGGCCCAUUCGUCCUUUAGAGCACAACUGGCCAGUUGGCAGUGGUAUAACAUGUCUAAUUAAGCAUCUACAUGGACACAACAAUGCAGAAUAGCUGGUCAUUUGAAAAGAUGCAGUGCAGGUUUCAGUGUAUAAGGGAGAUGUGCUGGCCUCCUGGGUCGAGACCUUUUACACUGAGAAGCAACUGUGAUAAAAUUAGGCAAAAGAGUGAAAAAUAAAGUUCUGGAUCAAAAACCUGCUUCCAUUUGGUGUUGGGAACUUUAUAAAGUGAUACAGCUGCGAUAACCUUAUUGACUAAGUACAGUGUGAGCGAGGGGUGAGCUGUGGGUGACUGAUAUUGAUCUUGUACAGUGUUGAGGCUUUUCAUACACCCAGGUUGUUUAUAACUGAUAAUACUGUCAUGUUCAAAUCUGGAAAUGAAUCAAUAAACUUUGGAGUUUGGAGUGAGUUACAUGAAUCCGUUGCACCAACUAAAGAAAGUUCAUAAUAGACAAAAAAUGCUCCUGUGUUGUUAUUUAUGCUUUCAAAGUUACCUCUAUGGUCUAUGUGCAC